CCUGUUGUAAGUUUUUCGGUAUCGGAAGUAGAGGAUUACCUUAUAUGGAAAAUGCUUAAAAUAGCACAUGACGUAUUGCAAAGGUUACGAUCUACGCACACUUCUGGAGAAAUGACCCGGAAACUGAUGCUUUCUGUCACGGAAAGCUCACGAGAGAGAUUCGAUUCGAAUUUCUUGAGAUUGAAACUGAGAUUUAAGCUUGCUUAGAUAUCAUCGCUGACCAAACUUUAAAUCAAAAUACUACUCGCGCCUUUUUUUUGAAUAUAAUUGUGACUGAAUUAAGUUCCUAGAAUUAUUUAUCGCGUUUUCGCUUGUAUUGUGAAUCGUCAUUUGAUUUCGCGACUUUAUUUUAAAAAAAACAGCAGUAUUUGUCUAUAUUUUCUUUUCUGUCGAGAUGCACAUCCAGGUCGAGGAGCGUGUGUUUUCUUCCAUUGCAGAUUCAAGUGGAUGUCUUGGUAGUGCGCUUGUGGCAGGUGAUUCCAACGUACAUCGUAUCCAAGCAGCGAUUCCAAAUUGGUCCACUAUUCGAUGCCUCCCAGUAUCAGGAGCCAAGUUUGUGAAUGACAAGAAGGGAUUUGUGGCAGUUCUGCAGCUUUCAUUGAAGAAGGAGUUUUACCCAUGUGUCUAUAUUCAUCUUGGCUCCAAUGAUGUUCAAGCCAGAGAGGAUGUGUUUUAUAGGAGAGUCACUGAGGUAUGUGAUAGUAUCCACGAGACGAGUCCGGAAACUGAGAUUGUUUUAUGUUCUAUUCUGCCACGAAAAAAGAAUGACAGACGAGUAUCUUCAACAUUAGCGAGAGUCUUCAACAGAUGGAUCCAGAAUGCUAACACCAUGCUAAUGGACAUUUCAGAGGCCAUCCCAUACAUCAGAUUCCUUGGAUAUGGAGCUCAGGAAUGUGCUGAUGUGUUGGGUCGUGAUGGACUUCAUCUGAGUCGUGUUGGUGGUAGACAUUGUAGUCAGGUGAUUGAGGAGGAUGUGUAUUCCUGGAGUGAAAUGGCCUAUCAGCAGGAUGUACAUUGGAAUGAAGACAUACGCCAACCACAUUCAGCAGAGAUUGAUGCAUCAAGCUUUGACCAGUGCCUGGCAGCUGCUGUUGAACCAGUCAGUGACCAGAAUGUCCAGGCCAGCAAGCAGCCUCUGUACUCGGAAAUAGUCCGUUUGCCAGCAGCUGAAGUUCCAGAUGUUACCUCAGUGCAGCAUAAUGUGAAGUUACCAAGGCGCAAUGUAUUGAAGGUUGAUGAAUGUGCUAGAUCAGCCAGACCAUGUAACCACAGAUCAAACAAACAUCGAAGGGCAAGGCGAAGAAAAUUUACGCAACACAGACAGCUGAAAGUUCAAAGAUCUGAGCAGUAUAAAGAUCACGUUGAAAUUCCGUUGACAUCUGAUGUAACGGUAAAGGUGAAGGCAGACAAUGUACAUAGCAUCUGGAUGUGCCCGAAAGAAGACGCCAUUACCACAAAGAAGCGCCUACCUGUCUGCUCUACAAUGACUGGAGUUAAGAAGAUAAACAAGCAGACAUGGUUUGACUGCCCCCUAUGCCCAGUGAAGUGUUCUAGAGAAGAUUUCCUACUGGACCAUUUCUGUUGACGCCAUGUACCUGGAGGGACCAAAUACAAGAAGAACACUGACAAUUCUUUCUGUCAUCGGAAAUCAACGAAGAGCAGCAGAAGUCAGCCAAACUCGAAGAGCACCAUUUCAACAUCCAGCCUGAACCCUGUAGAAAAAACUUCACCUCCCAAUCAAG